UGUUUGCUCUUGUUUUGAUUGUUGUUUUGUUCUUGUGUUGUUAUGUUGUCAUGAGUUCGAACCGGGAUUUUGUAAUCUCUGUGAUCGAGAUGUACAGGGAUCAUACCUGUUUGUGGAAAAUAACAGACCCUGGCUACCAUGACAAGGUAAAAAGGAACGCUGCUCUGGAGAUGAUCCUUGAAUUUUUUAAAACUGUUGAUCCCACAGCUACAAAAGAUGUAGUUACUAAGAAGCUCAACUCGAUGAGAGGCUCAUUUCGGAAGGAAAUGAAUAAGGUUCGAGCAUCUCAGAGGUCGGGUACUGGAGCUGAUGACGUUCACAUACCAAAACUGUGGUACUUCGACAGAUUACAAUUCCUGGAGGACCAAGAAUUUCCAAGGCCAUCCACAACCAUUGCAUCUGUACUAGAUGACAUGCCUUUUGAAUAUGACGAGGUAAGAAUGAAUACAGAUUAACAGUGU